AUGGUCCUAAGCUGGAUCGAUGGUAAGCCACUGAAGUGGUCGGAUGAAAUCCCUCUCAAAGCGGCUCGGGAUAAAGUACUUCGCCAGUUGGCAUCGAUCACGUUUGAGCUGCUGAGAUGCACCGCAAUGGAAGAGGACAACAGCUGGACUGCCGAGGCAUUCCUUGUCAACCUGAUUGACAAGAGGGCUCGGCGCGUGCUGCACGAGGGCGUAGAAGGACUCGAUUUCCAGGAUUGCAUUUCUCUACGAGUCAUUGCGCGCAUCUUGUCUAAAAUGCCCAACAAAUUCUAUCUACAUGAAAAUCCUCCUGGAUGCAGUUAUCGAACUAAUUUUCCAGUCAAUUUGGAAAAGACUGCAGCCAUUUCAGCUAUAUCGCAUGAUGAUUUGUCUGCGAAGAACAUAAUAGUUGACAAAGACUACAAUGUCAAAGGUAGGCUGAUCAACUGGACUUGCGCAAAACAACUUCCCGUACGUUACGCAGUGAGGCUGCCUCAGCUCCUCGGCCCUGAUUUCAAGAAGCCAGAUCCGGAAGACUCCUGGAGAGGCUGGGAGGUCGUCCCGCCAUCUGAGAUGCUCCAAAAAGAUAGAGAGGGUUUUGUGGACCAUCUCACAUGGAUUCUGUUAGACGAAGCUCCAGGAUCUACAAUAAGCGAAUUAGCCCCAUUGGCUUGCGACAGAGAUGAUAUCGAUUGGAAACAUCUUGCAUUUCUCGCCGUUUUCAUGACCAAUAUUCAUCAUAAAGUGGUUCAGAAACAGUUUCUAAUGCGUAAAACGAUGAUAUGGGAUGCGUUGUCACCUGGCACUUGGGAAAGAAUGCUUCAACAAGAGAUGGUCAGCUUUUAUUAUGACCAACUGGAUAUGCCCGAGGACAUGGAUAACGGAGAACCUUCAGUCAGAGCCGCCCAUCCGCCUGUUUCUCUGGUCACAAAUGAUAUUUGUUGA